AUGGGAAACUCGUAUAGCAAUAUACUUCCAUUGGGAACGCCAAGACGAAAUGGAAUAUCAGGUCCGUCAACUUCAUCGACGACGUUAGAGGAAAGUGGAGAAGCUCAGGUGAGGAUUUUUGCAUUCGGGAUUAUGUGCUUAGGUCUGUGUUGACAUCAUGCACAUGCUGGGUGGAUCAUUCGCCGAUUUUCCCUUGAAAUUUCAAAAAAUUUUCAUUUAAGCCUACCUUGUCCAGUAUAAAAACGCCUAGUAUAAAGGCUAAUACUUGCCCCUAAUCUGGUCUCCACUGCAAACGAUUUAGACCCGUAUUCUUUUAGUUCUCAUAGUAAAUAUUGAUCUUCAGCCCAGCUCCCUAACUCCAAUACGGCAGACUUCGCGACGUCGGAAGUUAACCACUGACUGCUCUGAAUGUGAGUUCAAAACUCCAGAGCCAGUGGUAAAGCGUGCCAAACUCGAUACUCCUAAAUACAUAUAUCAGAAACUUUUCCUCGAAGGUGCCAAGUCCGAUGUUACAAUACGAGCUCUGGGAAUGUCAUGGCACUUGCAUAAGCUAUACUUAGAACAAUGCGAUUACUUUGCCGCACUGUUUAGUGAACGAUGGGGAGCCGAGAAGAAGAGGGUCUACGAGCUGGACGUCUUGGAUUCGCGGGUCAACAUUCCAGGUGAGAUUUUAUGAUUAUUAUUGUUGGGUUUUAGGUAAAAUUAGGUCAGGAUUUCUCUGAGUUUGCGAUUUUCAUGUUGCGAGAUGGUUUUCAUUGAUGUUUGUUGUAUCUCUUACACUUCAUUUUAGGCCUCGACAACGUCUUUGCUUCGUUGUAUCAAAAUGAAAUCGAAAUUGAUUUGGAUAACAUAGGUGGAGUUUUGGCCUCAGCCUCAAUGAUCAAUUUGGUAAGUAACUGUCGCUGUAUUGGCAUUAUAUUAAAGAACCUUUUUGUACUGUUAAUGUUAUCUUUUCAGCUUGUUGUAAUCCAGCGUUGUGAUGAUGUCAUGGUAGAGACCAUGAAUGGUUCCAAUGUCCUCGAAUAUCUUGAACUGGCUUCAGCUUAUGGUUGUCAAACAACCCGAGAAGCGGCCAUGGUAUUGUUAGAGAGGAUGUUUUGGAAAUACAGUCAAGAUCCGGCGUUUUUAAAAAGGUUGUCAUAUGACACUUUGGUGGAAGUGUGCGCCCGAAGGGAUUUGUGUAUAUGUGAAGGUGAAAAGGAUUUGUAUCAUGCGAUUAGGAGGGUGAGUCGUAUUUUUCGAACUUUAUUCUUCAAUUUUAGGGUCUUUGGAACGUUUACAAAUAUGUUUUUUAUCGAAGUUUUUGCUAAUUUCAUAUUGAAAUCGAUUUUUUUCUGUUUCAGUGGUUUUACAUACGAAGUAAGAACGAAUUAGACUGCCCCGACUCAGAUCUCAGCAAAUACUUUAAUUCCCAGCCGGAGCAUCACUUCUACAAGUACCAUUUACUCUUGAAAAACGUCCGUUUCCAACAUAUGAUCACCUCCAAGAGGACCAUGGAAAAAUUAAAACAUGACCAUUUAAUCGGCGCAGACAUGCUGGACACGAUGAUGAAAGAUCUCUGGAAUACUUUGUUGGUGAAUGAAGACAAAAAUGAAGUGUAGGUGUGACCCUGAUGUUGUCUAUGAAUAAGGUCUUCUUUUUUCAGUUCUGAAGAAGUUACCGACGACUUCUUUUACUCCCAUUGUCGGAGAUUGGGACGACAUUUAGAAGAGGGAAAUGUAAGUGAAUUGUGAAAGUGUAAUAGUAAAAGUAUUUACUUUAUUUUUUUAUAAUGUUUGAUUUUGAAACUUGAAAAAUCUUAAUUUUUUUAGAAGUGCUGGAGAUGGGCGGGAUACGACUUUGGACUGGAUUUGGUGGUCAGAUGCCAGUUCCGAACGGUCUACUUGAUCAGAAACUUCUCCAGAGACCAUGGACUCUUCCAAUUAUCGGUUAGAAAACUUACAAGGAUUCAUUAUAGGUAAUUAAUUUGUUUCGUUUUAUUAAAAGUUACUCUUUUCUUCUAAUUGUUUUUCUACAGCUGAUUUUUUACUUUCGGAUUUAAAUUUUACUAAUAUUAGUAAGUUUUUUUCAUUUUUUCAGAAUGGUAAUUUUGAAUGCCUCCGGUCAAGUCCUGUUGGAUAGUGGACGAAAAAUGUGUGAGCUUGCGCUGGAUGAGGUAAAUUUUAGUCUUGAAUAUUACCUUAUUUCUGGGAUUUUUGGAAAUUUAUUGCCUAAAUUUUAGAAAGAAAUUGUUGGAAGUGUCUCCACCGACCUUACGAAUGUGUCGAUCCAUUUGUUUUAUUUGGCCUCGGUUCCCGGACCAUCAGCGGACAAAUAUUGGACCGCAAUUGAGUCCCCGGGACCCUCGGAAGUGAAAAAUGAAGUGUAA